AUGUACUCAAAUUUUAAAACUAGUUCAGAUUACCCAAUUCUUAUUUGGGUAGAUAAAUAAAUGUUCAACUAAGAGAAUUAAUUAAUUUGCAAACAGUUGUUAAAUGAUUAUUAAUAUUUAUUUUAAGCAUUUGAUAAUUUAAAUGAUGCUUUAAGAUUACUGUAAUAAAUAGGAGAUAAGGAUAUAACAAUAAUAACAAGUGGAUAAUUUGCUUAUGAUCUUGUAAAAUACUCUAAAUAAAACCUGGUUAUAUUUUGUGGAAAUAAAUAUAAUCAUUUUGAUUUAUUUAUUAAUAAUCAUUAGAUUAAAGCUCUAGUUUCAAGUUCAUUUUAAUUAGCUCAUGAGAAUGCAAUUCUUUGUAUGAAUUAAACAGAUAUAUACAAUGAUUUUCUUAAAUUAUUAUCUCCAUAAUAAUAGUAAAUAGAGUAUUAUCAUUCAAAAGAUUAUGUGAGUAUUCAAUUUCUUGUAGUAAUAGAGGAAAUUAGAAAAAACAAAGAACUAAAAGAAGAGCAAGUUUUUACAGAAAUUGAUAGUUUACUAGCUAUAUCAAAGAAAGAAAAUAAAAAGUAAAUUAUUUUUCAAGAUUUAGAAUAAAAGGAAAAAUAAAAAUAUUCUAAAAAAUUUAGUUUGUUUGAGAAAUUGAUUUAUUUAUAUAGUAGAGAAGAAAUUUAUCAAACUUUUAAUUACUAGUUUGCUAAACAUAAUUAUUAAGAGAUUAAGAAUAUUAUUUUAUGCCUAUAUUAAGGGUUUAAAGAAUAAGAAUUAAAUCAAAAAUAUUAUAAGAAUCUUUAUAGGGGUAUAUCUAUAGAUUCAUAAGAUACAUUUGAAUAAAUCGUUCAAGAUUUAUAUUAAAAUUUAUGUGAAGGUUCAUCAUUGUUUUGGAAUACAAUGACAAGUACAUCUUUAUCUUUUGAUGUUGCUAAAAAAUUUUCUUAGCAAUCUCUGUAUGGUAUAUUUUAUUAAAUUGAAUUGGAUGAUGAUGUUCCUUAUCCAUGCUUUAAAUUAGAGAAUUAUCAUUCUGAAUUUCCAAAUGAAUAAGAAGUAUUAUUAUUCCCAUAGUUUUAAUUUAUUAUAUAAGAUAUAGAAUAUUUUUAUCAUGAAUCUAAAAAAUAGUAUAUAGUAUUUGUAAAAUAAGUGAAGAAUAACUAUGCAUUUGCACUUGAUCCAAAGUUGAGAAAGAUUUAUUGGGAUUCAGUUAUACAAGAAAAGAUUAAACCAAAAAUAGAAACAUUGGUUAAUUUUCAUAGUAAAAGAAUAUUUGAAAUUACAUAAUUUUUUGCUGAAUAAUAAUGUGAUUUAGAUAUUUAUUAAGAUGAAAUAUUAGAUAGAGUUGAAAAGGAACUAUAAAAUAUUUUUAAACAGAUUUAAUUCAAUUUAACUCAAAUUUUAAGGCACUCAAGUUAUAAGAAUAUUUUGAAUCAUAUAAAUAAAUUGACUUAAGUAUACUUAGAAAUAAUAAAGUUAAAAGAUUAGAUUUAUAAUCCAGCAUCAUUCUUUUAAUAAAUAGAAGAAUAAUUGGAUUAAGUUAUGAAAUCAUUAAGAUAGAAUAUAGGCACACUUAUAUUAAAAGGAAUAAUUAAUAUUGAAUAUUAGAAGGAAUAUUUAUAAAAUUUAUAAAAUAAAUUUAAAGAGAAGAUGAAGAAAUAAUAAACAAUUUAAUUAGGCAAUACUUAAGAGUCUGAUACAUUACUUUAAAAAUCUUAACCUAUAUAUAAUGGAAAGACAGCAGGUUUAACAUAUUAAUAAUUGAAAGCUUAGAAGAUUACUUCAUUAUAAUAAAUGUAACAUAAGAAUGGUAAUUUGGCAUAUGAAGCAACAUUAUAAGAUGGUAAUAAGUUAUUAAUGCAUCACAAUCCUAAUAAUAAUAAUGAAUUGACAUUUUCAAAAAAGAUUGAUGCAAAUGGUAAGAAUGGUUAUUCAAAUAAAUGGGAAAAGGUAGGAAAACCAAUAAAAACAGAAUAAGUAACAGUAUAAGAAGUACAAUAAUCUAUAAAAGGAUAAAAUUAAAAGUUUAAUGUAAAUAAUGUAAAAGCAAUAGAAACAAAUUAUCAAUUUUAAUAAGCUAGAAUAAAUGGUUAAAUAGGUGGUAUAAUAGCAGGAACAGUGGGAAGUUUAACAGUAGAUUGUAUAAUGGAUGGUGUUAACAAAGAAAAGUUAGGAAAAGGAUUAUUAUAUUCUGCAUCAGUAUAAGGAGGGAUUAUGUAUGCUUAAAGUAUACAAUCUUUAGGAAAAGUAGUACCUUAUGUAGGAAUAGGAUUUACAGCAUUGAUGACAUCAAUUUCAGUAGGAGGAAUAAUCUUAUCUGAUUUUUUAACUUAAAGUGAGAAAGUUUAUAAUUCAAUAUUAAUUGCUCUUAAAACAGGUAGUGCAAUAGGAUUGGGUUUCUUAGGUAUUGAAGGUGGAAUGGCUUUAGGUGCAGUAGGAGGUCCAGUUGGAGUUGUUAUAGGUGGUAUUCUUGGUGGGUUUAUUGGAGGAGCAAGUGGAAAUUUACUAGGUAGAGCUAUUGAUUAUUAUACUUAAUUUAAUCUGGAAGUAUCAUUUUAAUAACAAAAUAAAUCUACUCUUAAGGAUGGAUAUUUAAUUAAUCCUGGAAUAUUACCAAAAAUAACCUGGAAAUAAGUUAAAGAAAAAGUUAAAAGUUUAAUAUUGAUUGCAUAAACUGAUUCUCAUUUAGCUUGUAUCAUUCCUAAUAUUGAUAAAAACAAAACAUAUAUUUCAGAAAAUGAAGAUAUUGGAAUUCUAUUUAAUUAAUAUAAAUAUAUAGGUCCUGAUGAUUCUUGUGAUACUAUUACAUUCAGACUUCUAGCUACUUCAGAUGAAUAUGUAAAUGAAGAUGAAAUCUUAUAAUAACUAUAAGCUAAUGAAAUAAAUAUUAUUGAUUUUGCCACAGUCAAAAUCAAUUUAAAAAAUAUUAAGUGA